GCGCUAGCCGUCGUCUAUCUCGUCUCCUAGUCCAAGGAAGGAAAGAGGCGCUUGGCAUGAAGCGACCUACCAAGAAUGAGACGCUGGGCUACCCCUGGCACAAGUAGAGCAAGAGCCCCAGCAACCGAGCCACAGUGAGGAGGACUCGAGGGAAGAGAUGGGCAACUGCGGCACGCGGGAGGAGAAUGCCGUCGUCGCUGCGCACGCACAAGUUCAACAGCUCCACUUGUUACAAAAUCCUGCCAAGAAUGCCAUUGGAGAUAGGAAGCACAACCGCACCUCAUCAGAUAUAAGUGAUCCUUCCACACCUAGGAAAGCUGAAGAUGCCAAGAACAUUUCCAUAUACAACGAUGUGAUUGUCUUCACAUUGUUUGAGCUAGAGACAAUCACAAAGAGCUUCCGUGCCGAUUAUGUUCUCGGCGAAGGAGGAUUUGGGACCGUUUACAAGGGCUACAUAGAUGAAAAUGUCAGGGUGGGGCUGAAGUCACUGCCUGUUGCAGUCAAGGUGCUCAACAAAGAUGGACACCAAGGGCACAGAGAAUGGCUUACCGAAGUUAACUGCCUGGGGCAGUUAAGGCAUCCAAACUUGGUGAAGUUGAUCGGAUAUUGCUGCGAAGAUGACCAUCGGCUGCUUGUCUACGAGUUCAUGUUUCGAGGAAGCCUAGAAAACCACCUAUUCCGAAAGACAGCUACACCAUUACCCUGGGGUACUAGGAUGUCAAUCGCACUGGGAGCUGCUAAAGGGCUUGCUUGCCUCCACAAUGCUCAAAGGCCUGUCAUCUACAGAGAUUUCAAGACAUCAAAUAUUCUACUGGACUCUGAUUAUACUGCUAAGCUGUCUGACUUUGGCCUGGCAAAAGCUGGCCCUGAAGGUGAUCAGACCCAUGUAUCAACACGGGUGAUGGGAACCUACGGUUAUGCUGCCCCUGAAUAUGUGAUGACCGGCCACUUGACUGCUAGAAGUGAUGUCUACAGCUUCGGUGUGGUCCUUCUGGAGCUCUUGACAGGGCGCAAGUCAAUCGACAAGUCGCGGCCCAGCAGGGAGCAGAGCCUGGUUGACUGGGCCCUCCCCAAGCUGAACGACAAGAGGCGGCUUCUCCAGAUCAUCGACCCGAGACUGGAGGGGCAGUACUCGGCCAGAGCCGCCCACAAAGCCUGCAGCCUUGCGUUCUACUGCCUGAGCCAGAACCCCAAGGCCAGGCCACUCAUGAGCGACGUCGUCGAGACCCUCGAACCGUUGCAGGGCAGCGGUGGAGGCGAUGGACGCGGCCAGCCUUCUGGCCUUCCUGACUAUAGGGGUCGCCGCAGGAUAACCGGGAACAGCGUCCACUUCAGGGCCAUCCCGAACCCCAAGUGCUCCCCUGCCGUCCCGGCCACGGCUUGCCGAGUGCGGUGAUGGGUGCUGUGUUUCGGUUGGAGCUGCCGGGGUAGGUUCCGUUGUGUAUAUUGCGGCCGUGGGCAGUGGUGUGUGUGUGGGUGCAUGUGUGUGCUUGGCGGCGGCGGGGUUUCGGUUUCUUCUCGGGUUUUGGCCUGCGUUUUGAUGUGUAAAUUUGAUCUGCGUGCUGCAUUGCUGCUGCUGCUUUUGUAAGGCCCUCUAAUUUUCACUGUGGUCUUAUGUAUCCUUCGACUGAGCGAGCCCUGCUGAAACUGGCGGGUUCGGGAUUAACCCUAGAAAUGAAAUGAAAGGCUGAACCGAGAGCGGUUGGAUGGCUGAUAUGGCAUAUGCUGCUGUUGUGUUGUGUUGUAUCUGAGGAAUCAAUCAGUCUGUAUCGAGUCUCUUGGCAAGUUUUCUCUUGUUUGGGGCAUCCUGGUAUAGUAGGGAAGAACAAUCGUGUGACCACAUGAUGCGCGAUGGUAAACUGACAAUGUUUGGAAAUGUAAUUGGUGAUGUUUUUUUUUGGAUC